CACGUGCGCGGUUGAUCCUCUUUCACCUUCCUUUGGCACUGCACCGGCGCGUAAUCUCCAUGGGAACGCCGUCACGCAGGAGGAAGUGAACAGGACUAUCUGACAGUGAGCUCGCUUUAGCAUGGCAACAAAGGUAAGCAGCUGCUGAGUUUUCCCCACGUCACCUCCCCGUGUUGCUGGCAGGAGCUGUCGCCUUGUCGGUGAUGUGUGCCCGGUGCAGGGGGUGUGCGGCCCGAAGCCCUCCGCCUGUCAUGACGUUUGCCCGGAGGAGGGCUCGCUAACUGCCGGUUAGCCAGCUAAUAGGAUGUGCUAGAGUUUAACACUGACCACACGGCAGUUCUGCCUAGGAGGGCCGACCCCACUGAGUUGAAAGCCAUUUUUGAAAAGUAUGCCAGCGUCAAGAAGAAUGAGAAAUACUUCAUGUCGGCGCAGGACUUUGUGAGCCGUUUCCUCCAUGCUCACACGGACAUUCUGCUGACCAAUGAGGCCACAAAUCUGCUGGCUGGAGUGGUGGACCAGAAGAAAGAUGGCUUGAUCUCCUUUCAGGAGUUUGUAGCAUUUGAAUCGGUGCUGUGUGCCCCAGACUCACUUUUCAUGGUUGCCUUCCUGCUGUUUGAUAAAACGGGCAUUGGGAUUACCACUUUUGAGGAUGUGAAGCAGGUUUUUGGCCAGACGACCAUCCACCAGCACAUCCCCUUCAACUGGGACUGUGAGUUUAUACGGCUGCACUUUGGCACCAAGAGGAACAAGCAGCUCAGCUAUGGAGAAUUCACCCAGUUCCUCCUGGAGAUGCAGCUGGAACACGCGCGACAGGCUUUCAUCCAGCGUGACCAAGCCCACAGCGGCUCCAUCUCAGCGCUGGACUUCAGGGACAUCAUGGUUACCAUUCGGCCGCACAUGCUCACACCCUUCGUAGAGGAAUGCCUCGUGGCGGUUGCAGGGGGUAGCACGUCUCAUCAGGUCAGCUUCUCCUACUUCAACGGCUUCAACUCGCUGCUCAACAAUAUGGAGCUGAUUAGAAAGAUCUACAGCACUCUGGCUGGCCACCGCCGAGAUGUGGAAGUCACUAAAGAGGAGUUUAUCGUGGCAGCGCAAAGGUUCGGCCAGGUGACGCCCAUGGAGGUCGACAUCCUCUUUCAGCUGGCUGACCUGUCGGAGCCUCGUGGACGUGUUGGUUUAGCGGACAUUGAGAAGAUUGCUCCGCUGGAGGAAGGCGCCCUGCCCUACAACUUGGCUGAAGUCCAGAGACAGCACUCGGGCAGCGACGGCUCCCGCCCCAUCCUUAUCCAGGUGACAGAGUCGAUCUACAGAUUCGCUCUUGGCUCAGUAGCAGGGGCUGUGGGUGCAACAGCAGUGUACCCCAUUGAUCUGGUGAAGACACGCAUGCAGAACCAGAGGAGCAGCGGGUCACUGGUGGGAGAGCUCAUGUACAAGAACAGCUUCGACUGCUUCAAGAAGGUGGUGCGCUACGAGGGCUUCUUCGGACUUUACCGAGGUCUGGUACCACAGCUACUGGGUGUGGCGCCCGAGAAAGCCAUAAAGCUCACAGUGAAUGAUUUUGUGCGUGGAAAGACCAGACAGAAGGAUGGUACAGUCCCGCUUGCCGCUGAGAUUCUGGCUGGUGGAUGUGCUGGAGGAUCCCAGGUGAUCUUCACAAACCCUCUGGAGAUAGUAAAGAUCCGUCUGCAGGUGGCAGGAGAGAUCACCACGGGGCCGAGGGUCAGCGCUCUGUCGGUCAUCAGGGACCUGGGCUUCUUUGGGCUUUACAAGGGUUCCAAGGCUUGUUUUCUGCGGGACAUCCCCUUCUCGGCUAUCUACUUCCCUUGCUACGCCCACACCAAGGCUUACCUCACUGAGGAGGAUGGAAGAAUAGGGCCAGCCAGGAUGCUGUUUGCCGGAGCUCUGGCAGGCAUGCCGGCCGCCUCUCUGGUGACCCCGGCAGACGUGAUCAAGACACGGUUACAGGUGGCAGCGCGUGCUGGCCAGACCACCUACAGCGGCCUGAUGGACUGCUUCUGGAAGAUUCUCAGAGAAGAGGGGCCCCGCGCUUUCUGGAAAGGAGCUGGAGCUCGAGUGUUUCGUUCUUCGCCUCAGUUUGGGGUGACACUGGUGACCUAUGAACUCCUGCAGCGCUGGUUUUAUAUCGACUUUGGAGGACCAAAGCCGGCUGGCUCCGAGCCCACCCCCAAGUCUCGGAUCAGCCUGCCGGCGCCCAACCCCAACCACAUCGGAGGCUUCAGGUUGGCCGUGGCCACAUUCGCUGGCAUCGAGAGCAAGUUUGGACUCCAUCUCCCACGCUACACGGUGCCGACGGCAGCGGCCCCUUCCAACGUGAGCACCCCCUGAACCUCCACGGGUGUGUGUUUGAGGGGGGGAGCUGAAGUGUUUUUCAUACGUAAAGCACCGAGAAACUAUCAGGUCCAUUUAGUUUUCACAGUAUUUGAAGUUAUUUUGUUCUAAUUAUUGUAUAAAAGCAUCUAUAUGCGAUCUCACCGAUUAGCAAAGUGUGUAAUUGCUACAGGGCUCACGCAGUGUUUGUUUCACAGUGUUGUGUUAUACUAGUUAGGUUUACACUCCAAACUCGUACACAGUAUGCACACAGCAGCAGAAGGGCUUGCACAAAUACACUUGAACACUUUCUUUAAAUAUCGGUGGCUACUUACUGUUGCAGCUUUUUCCAGUGUCUUCCUUUUGUGUUGCUUUAUAACCAAAAGCACAUUAAUCACAUGAUCAUAAAACCAGCUACACACAAAAAAAUACAGUAAAUGUGGCACUUCUGUAUAUAUUAGAAAUCCAGACAUAUUUUCAUAUGUGUGCGUCUGUUUUGAUUGAGUUGCUCUUUUCAACUGUGUGUCGAUUUAUGGUCGAAUGAAUCCAGAAGAAUACGACCAGAGAAAGAAGUUUUGAAUGUAAAAGGCGCGGCGUUAACGUUGUGACCGUACAUAAUGUUCACCGCUGUCAAGAUGUUUGGGUUCAGGUCUAAAUGUAUGCAGAUGUGGAAAUAUAUGAAGGAGUGCGUGUGCCAUGGCUCUGUAUUUAA